GUUUAUUCGCGAGCAUCAGCAUGGACCUCUACUACUUGCCUAGUCCCGGACCCAGUCGGGCCGUUCUCAUGACAGCCAAGGCUGUGGGUGUGUCCUUGAACAAAAAGCUUCUGAACAUCAAAUUGGGAGAGAACCUGACGCCGGAGUUCUUGAAAAUAAACCCACAGCACACUAUACCCACACUCGUUGACAACGGCUUCGUCCUUUGGGAGUCGCGUGCCAUCCUCAUUUAUCUGGUUGAGCAGUACGGCAAGGAUGACUCCCUCUACCCCAAGGAUCCUCAAAAGCAGGCUUUGAUCAACCAGCGACUCUAUUUCGAUAUGAACACCAUGUACGACGCCUUUGCCAGCUACUACUACCCCAUUUUCCGAACUGGCAAUUACGGCGACGCUGCAGCUUGGGCGAAAGUGGAAAAUGCUUUCACGCUUCUCAACACCUUCCUGGAGGGUCAGGAAUAUGUGGCUGGAAGCCAGCUAACCAUCGCGGACAUUUCCAUUCUGGCUACCAUCUCCACGAUCGAGCUGGUGGACUUCGAUCUAAAGAAGUAUCCGAAUGUGGCCAGAUGGUACGCAAACGCGAAGAAGGUGACUCCGGGCUGGGAGGAAACCGUGGAAGGCUUAUACUCAAGGAAACACAUCUUUGAUGAAAAGAAACCGGAAUUCAAGUGAAAUGACAAGCUUUUCUUAUGCUUUUAGAUUAUUUUAUUUGUAUUAAAUAAAUUAAAAAAU